GGGUAGAGGGCUAGCGCUCCGGAGGCGGCGGCAGCGGGUCCGGAGCCGGAGGACGUCUGCCCCAGGGGCUGAGAGCGCAAAGGACUGAGCCCGAGGCGGCGCGGCGGCCACUAGGCGCAGGCACCUAGGUGGAAAUGAGUUCUCAACAGUUUCCUCGUUUAGGAACCCCUUCCACUGGGUUGGGCCAAGCUCCUUCACAGAUUUCAAACAGUGGCUCUGCAGGAUUGAUAAACCCAACUGCUACAGUCAACGAUGAACCUAGUCGAGAUGCUGAAGUCACUGCCAGGGAGCACCUGGGUCCCAGCAGCUCCCUCCAGUCCCGUGAGGAGAAGCAAGAGCCUGUCGUGGUAAGGCCCUAUCCGCAGGUCCAGAUGUUGUCCACACACCAUGCUGUUGCAUCGGGCACACCUGUCACAGUGACAACCCCACCAGCACAUCUGACGCCAGCGGUACCACUCUCAUUUUCGGAGGGACUUAUGAAGCCACCCCCGAAGCCCACCAUGCCUAGCCGUCCUAUUGCUCCUGCUCCACCUUCUACCUUGUCACUUCCCCCAAAGGUUCCAGGGCAGGUUACCGUUACCAUGGAGAGUAGCAUCCCUCAAGCUUCAGCCAUUCCUGUGGCAACAAUCAGUGGACAACAGGGACAUCCCAGUAACCUGCAUCAUAUCAUGACCACAAAUGUACAGAUGUCUAUCAUUCGCAGCAACGCUCCUGGGCCCCCUCUUCACAUAGGAGCUUCUCAUUUACCUCGAGGUGCAGCUGCUGCUGCGGUGAUGUCCAGCUCUAAAGUAACCACGGUCCUGAGGCCGACGUCCCAGCUGCCGAACGCUGCCGCUGCGCAGCCAGCCGUGCAGCACAUCAUUCACCAGCCUAUCCAGUCUCGUCCACCCGUGACCACCUCUAAUACCAUCCCUCCUGCCGUGGUGGCAACUGUCUCAGCCACCAGAGCCCAAUCUCCGGUCAUUACUACAACGGCAGCACAUGCCACCGAUUCAGCACUGAGUCGGCCAACUUUGUCUAUCCAACAUCCACCAUCUGCAGCAAUUAGUAUUCAGCGUCCUGCCCAGUCACGGGAUGUCACAACAAGAAUCACACUACCGUCUCACCCAGCAUUAGGGACGCCAAAACAGCAGCUUCAUACCAUGGCUCAGAAGACGAUUUUCAGUACUGGUACGCCAGUAGCUGCAGCAACGGUAGCACCUAUUUUGGCAACCAACACCAUUCCUUCAGCAACCACAGCUGGAUCUGUGUCACACACACAAGCUCCCACGAGUACAAUUGUCACCAUGACAGUGCCCUCACAUUCAUCGCAUGCUACUGCUGUGACCACCUCAAACAUCCCCGUUGCUAAGGUCGUGCCCCAGCAGAUCACACACACGUCUCCCCGGAUCCAGCCUGACUACCCCGCAGAGAGGAGCAGUCUAAUUCCCAUUUCAGGACAUCGGGCCUCUCCAAACCCUGUGGCCAUGGAAACCCGAAGUGACAACAGACCAUCUGUUCCUGUUCAGUUUCAAUACUUUUUGCCAACUUAUCCGCCAUCUGCAUACCCGCUGGCCGCGCACACAUAUACGCCCAUCACCAGCUCAGUAUCCACCAUCCGACAAUAUCCAGUUUCAGCUCAGGCUCCAAACUCUGCCAUCACAGCUCAGACUGGUGUUGGGGUGGCAUCUACAGUACAUCUAAACCCCAUGCAGUUGAUGACAGUGGACGCAUCUCAUGCUCGACAUAUCCAAGGGAUCCAACCAGCACCCAUUAGUACCCAGGGGAUACAGCCAGCCCCCAUCGGAACACAGGGAAUACAGCCGGCCCCAAUUGGGACACAGGGGAUUCACUCAGCAGCCCCAAUCAGCACGCAGGGACUGCAGCCUGCACCGCUGGGUACUCAGCAGCCUCCGCCUGAAGGAAAGACUUCAGCAGUGGUGUUGGCCGAUGGAGCCACAAUUGUAGCCAACCCUAUUAGCAAUACAUUCAGUGCUGCUCCAGCAGCCACCACUGUGGUCCAGACCCACAGCCAGAGUGCCAGCACCAACGCGCCAGCCCAGGGCUCAUCACCGCGGCCAAGCAUACUCCGGAAGAAACCAGCCACUGAUGGAACGGCAGUUCGGAAAACCCUCAUUCCUCCGCAGCCUCCUGAAGUGGCCAGUCCGCGAGUGGAGAGCUGUGUGCGGAGCACAUCCGGGUCUCCUAGGCCUGCAGGUGCCAAACCUAAGUCGGAAAUCCACGUAUCCAUGACCACUCCCGUCACUGUGUCCGUGGAGGCAGUGUCUAAUCAAAGUAACGACCAGCCCACCAUUGCAGUCCCUCCCACUGUGCAGCAGCCUACACCAACCAUUCCAGCCAUGAUUGCAGCAGCUAGUCCCCCAGCACAACCAGCGGUCGCCCUUUCAACCAUUCCUGGAGCGGUCCACAUCACUCCUCCCAUCACCACCAUUGCAUCUGCCCCGCCACCAUCAGUAGCUGUGGGCGGCAGUCUCUCCUCUGUUUUGGCCCCUCCUGUUCCUGAAAUAAAAGUUAAAGAAGAAGUGGAACCCAUGGACAUCAUGAGGCCAGUUUCUGUAAAACAGAAAGUAAGAUCAUCAACUGAGAGUGAGGAUGGUGAAGGAGGUGCUGGAGCAGUUCCUCCACUGGCCACCAACACUGUGUCUCCAUCUCUUGCAUUGCUGGCUAACAACCUGUCCAUAGCUACAAGUGACCUACCACCUGGUGCCUCUCCAAGGAAAAAGCCCCGAAAGCAACAGCAUGUGAUCUCAACAGAAGAAGGUGAUAUGAUGGAGACAAAUAGCACUGAUGAUGAGAAGUCUACCGCCAAGAGUCUUCUAGUGAAGGCUGAGAAGCGCAAGUCUCCGCCGAAAGAGUAUAUCGAUGAGGAAGGUGUGAGGUAUGUCCCCGUGCGGCCAAGACCUCCCAUUACUUUGCUUCGUCACUAUCGGAACCCCUGGAAAGCUGCUUACCACCACUUUCAGCGGUACAGUGAUGUCCGGGUCAAAGAGGAGAAAAAAGCUAUGCUGCAGGAAAUAGCUAAUCAAAAAGGAGUAUCCUGUCGUGCUCAAGGCUGGAAGGUCCACCUCUGUGCCGCCCAGUUACUACAGCUGACGAAUCUAGAGCAUGAUGUUUAUGAAAGACUCACCAACUUACAGGAAGGGAUUAUCCCAAAGAAAAAAGCGGCAACUGACGACGAUCUGCACCGAAUAAACGAGCUGAUACAGGGAAAUAUGCAGAGGUGUAAACUGGUGAUGGAUCAAAUCAGUGAGGCCAGAGACUCCAUGCUUAAAGUGUUAGAUCAUAAGGACCGUGUCCUGAAGCUGCUAAACAAGAACGGAACUGUUAAGAAAGUGUCCAAAUUGAAGCGGAAGGAAAAAGUCUAGGCCCAGGAGAAUCAGGACUUUGGAAACAGAAUUUAUGAAUAAUGAUGGUAGGGGUGGGGUGGGGGGGUUGGCUAUUUUCAAAGUGGAACAUUGAAAUAAAGGAAGCCUUCCUUAACUCACAUGUGAAAGCAGAGGGACCUAUGGCACCCAGUGGCAGGAAGGAUCAGAGCCAGCUGGCACCGUGAGCCCACUUCUUGCUUUCACAUGUUUCCCUUUCAAACUUGCUCUGCGAUCAUUAAUGACUCCUGAUGUGUCAGUGUCUGCCAGUUGGAAUCAGUGACACAAAUGGCUGGCUGGCAUUUUUCAGCCUCUGGUUUAUAAACUAUAUUUAUCUGGUGGAUUCCUGCAGGACCCACACUGAGCCUGGACUGAACAUAUCCACUUGGACCAUCUGGUAUCUCUCUACACUGAAAAUAAAACCUCUUCCCCUCA